GACUCCCACAGCUUGUGUAAAUGUACGCGCACCUUUCAGCGAUUGCAUCCGCUCCCGUCCCCGAUCGGUAUGGAUUUCUUGAGGGAACCAUAUACAGCUAAAUCACGUGACUAAUAGCAAUCGUUAAUGCGCAGUUAGGUUAUCACUGAAGCACUCUGAAUAGGAGAUGUUUCCCACAUGAACACAAGACACCACGCCACGGCAGUCGUACACAGGGUCCAGCAAGGCGUUCAUGUUUCGGAAGCGACGCGUGUUACUGGGUCACGAUUUCCUGCAGUUUGAAGGGAAUCGUGUUGGCUGGGAUUCUACCGUCAGCAUCAAUAUUAGGUAAUAAUUCGAGACACAAGAAUGCAUCUCAGCUUCCAACGCUGCUGGCAACGUACUGUAGUUUUCAUUUUCUCGUUGGUUCUUAUAGCCCUCGUCUACUCAUAUAUAAUCAAGGGAACUCUAAGUGAAAAUACAUUUCAAGUCUUGACCGGAAAAGUACAAGUUUCUUAUGGGUAUAAUGACAGUGCUUCAGUAACACAAACCCCUCCUGAGGAAUAUUUCGUCAGGCCUCGGUGGGAAAAAAAAUAUUUCAUCUAUGACUGUGCCAACGGUAACUGUGGUGGUCUAGGGGACAGACAGGAAGGAAUUGUCGGUGCUUUCAUUAUUUCACAAAUGUUAAGCCGGAAGUUCAAAGUGAACAUGCUGGUUCCAUGUGAUAUCGGAAAUUUCCUCCAAUCAAACCAAGUUGAUUGGAUUCUACAAAGUUCUGAAAUUAGUGGCAUCAAAAGUAGCAAAUACACCCGAAUUGACGCUGAUGCAUUUCAGCUACGAGAUAAAAUUGCAAAAUCUCUUGAUUUAGAGAAAGAAUUUCCUUCCGAUGUCACACAUUUUACUGUUAAUCAAGAAAUGGUUAACUAUCUAAAGUUACAUCCACUAUUUAAGUCUCUUCGGUGGGCACAUAAUCAGACAACAACUGACAUAUACAAUAUUGUUUUACGACGGUUGUUUAGAAUGAAACCUGAAAUCCAGAAAAGGUUUGAUCUUUAUCAAUCUUCAGCCCGUAGCAACGGGAGGAAACUCGUGUGUGCUCAUGUGCGUGUGAGGGGGAAUCCUACAAUUCCAAAUGAUUGGUAUACUCCCACACCCUUGAACGUUAGUGUGGUGUGGAACUUCCUCCGCCAGUAUAACAACAGCGCCCUCUAUCGGAUGUUCGUAGCUACAGACUCCCAGAAAGUGCGACAGGACGCCAAGAGGCUGUUUCCAGAUGUCAUCCAAGAUUUGGAAGGGAAUAUAGUUCAUGUUGAUCGUGACAAUCAUGCAAAAGAUUACGCAUGCGCGGGGUUUGGUAAAGUGAUCCUUGAUCAACAAACGAUGUCAUCAUGUGACGUAUUCCUUAUGACAGACAGCGGACUUGGCCGAAUCGCAUCCAUGAUGCGAGGAACAGAUAAAGACCUGUACUGUAUGGCUAGCAAUUCCGCCUACAAAAAGUGCUCUUUUAGCGAUAAAGGUUUCUUUCCACAGUUCUGGUAGGUGUGCGAUAGGUGCCAGUAUGUACAUAAGCCUGGUGUCUGCUGUAGGACACUGUGUGGAAGCCCGCACUGAAUCCUGUUCAGAAUAGGUCCCAAAUCACACAUGUCUGUCGUAAGAGCCUGAUGAUUGUAAUAUCAAUAUCUGGCCCAGACUAUAUUGCUUACAGGCCGUCGUACGUGAUAUUGGUAGAAUACUAGUAUUAUUGCCAGUGAAGUUAAACACUUAAUAAACAACAAACUGUAUCUACAUCCAAGAGCAACUACCGGAGAUCGGAAGGUCGGUGGUUCGAUGAUCUGGCCGUGCCAUACUAACAGACGUUAAUAGAUGGUACAUGUUGUUACCCUGCCUGACUUCGGAAAUUGGGGAUUAAAACAAGGACUGAUCCGCGCGGACUAGCCUGUCUGAGUAGGGUGUCAUGUUAAACUGUGGCAUGGUAUCACAACGGACUAGCACCAUCAACCUGGCCAAAUUCCUGACUUGUACAAGCAUCCACAUACAUUGCCCUUUAUAAGUGCAAUGAUCUUGAACACAAUGAAACCAUACUGAUGUAUAAAUAUAAAGUAUCAGUGCAGUAUCUGAGAAUUUAAGCCAAUACUGCAGUAUCUGCAGAGUAUGCCAAAACGGAAGCAGCCCUGUCACCAUCUUUCUCCCGUUAUUUGACAAUCAAUCCUUCACAGUUCUGCAGGAUAAUGAUUUGGCCGGAUCUACUCCUCAACCCCUCAAAAGCCUACGUCUCAGCCAUAUUCUAAACAAUAGAGGACCCCUUCAACAGUCUUUAGGUUUUAUUCGCGUUGAAAUGGAUAUAAAAAAUAAUAGCACAUUUUUCAGUAAAGGAUAUGGAAAUGUAUUGAUGAAACGGGCCAUUACAUAUGAUAUAAAAUUCUAAUAUCUAAUUACAGCACCAAGGUUUAUUGAAAAACUGGCUUCGAGGGAGACUGAAAACUCAUUAUUCCUGAACAAUAUACGUAUAAGCGAUAAUGUUAGUCAGGAAAAGAGAAAUCAAUCAUUGUCAGUAGACUUUGAAAAGGCUUUCAACACAUUCUAUACGGAAUUUAUGAGCAGAUUUUAAAAAAAAGAAAAGCAUUUUGACCAUAUAACAUAAAAAGGAUAUCGGAUAGUGCAACCUCAUGCAUUGCACAGAAGGGCAAUUUGUCUUCGUGUUUUCAUCAUUAAAGAGGAUGUAGACAAGGAGACCCGGUAACUCCAUAUUUAUUGCUGCUUGCGAUCUUCAUUUUCGGAAGUAUGCUCAGAAACAAAAUAUAUAUUAAAGCAUGAAGCUAGACAAUUUAGCCCAUACGUUGAAAAAGAAGAAAGUUAACCUUAAUUCGCUGAAUAACUGGCAUCAAAUCUAUAUAAAAUGUGAACUCCAAGAGAAUAACCAUUCUCGAGUAUCCAACGAAACAGAUUCCAUUGGGCGUGAAAGGCAAUAUAGUUGUGAGUGAGUAUGGUUUUACGCCGCUUUUAGCAAUAUUCCAGCAAUGUCACGGCAGGGGAAACCAGAAAUGGGCUUCACACAUUUUACCCAUGUGGGGAAUGGAACCAGGGUCUUAGAAGUGAAGAGUGAACUCUUUAAGCAUUAGGCUACUCCACCGCCAUUAAAUAACGGUGACAAACCCUUGCAUUGUUCAGUGCCCAUUCCCCUGAAAGGACAACCAAAAUAUCUAAUAUUAGAAAAAAAUGCAUUUACUGGAACAAAAGACACAAUUUAAUUAUCAUUUGCUUUACCAGACAUGGGAAGACAAAAUAGCUGCCACGUUAACUACACUUGCUUAUGAUAACGAGAGAAUUUGUCCAAGACGUUGAACUUUAAGUUUCAGAUGUAUCGAUGGUCUGAUAACGUUCAAUAACAGCCAACUAGCAAAUUCCCUUCUACUGAUUUACACAUGGAAGACUAUAAGAGGUCAGUGAAAGUGACCCAACUGUUUUGUGCUCAGGUCUAUGAAUAAGGAUUAUCCAAGUUUCAAAGGAUGCAUAAAAGUGUCAAAAAUCUAUCCACAAGACCGUGCGACAAGAGGGAUGACAUCAGGUUUCCGGUAGUCAUCUUUGCCUUGAUGUUGAACUCUAUUUCAGCAACAUCAGCCUUUGAUGUCCACAUGUCCCAACUUUUCAGGUAUAAUCGAAGAUGCCCUUGCUAUGAGGUGAGGUGAAAUUGGGUUUAACGUCGCGUCCAAGAUUAUUGCACUUAUAUAGCGACGUGCAUGCACGUGUUUGCGUGGCUGCUUGAAAUAGUCCGGACUGAUGCCGAUUAAUAGUGCUAGC